UGUUAAGGAGGGGCUGGAAGCUGCAUGCUGGUGCAGCUCCCACAGCUCUGCACUGCAGAGAUGCUGCACUCAGCUUGCAUUUCUUGCCACAACAGCCCUUCUCCUGGUGCCCUCAGUAUGUGUCUUUACCAAACUUGAGAUGGGAAAGCUGGAGGCCAGUAGGCUUCUGCCCCGCCCCGUGUCUAUCUCUCUCAGCCUCGUGGCAGCCCCCCUUCCACAAACCCUAGGAACUCUGCAAUGUGCACUCAGCCUUCAGCCGCAGCCUCACCCACUGUUAACUCCAGGAGCAGGCUCUCCUAUUUGGGGAGUGUGGGUUGAAAGCAGACACCUAACCUGUUUAACCUGUCUGACGUCAUCUUCGCCCCACCCACCUGUGCCGCAGGUCCCCAGUCGAGCUGGCUAGCUCUUCCUGUUCUCAGCUUCCGUCCUCUCAGUUCCCACGGAGUAGCCCAACCUGCCAAAGCUGAGCCUCCGGGGCUCUUCCUGGCCUCAACUCAGCCCUCUGUCCCUCACCCCAAUGAGAGGGGAGCUAGGUGCGGGUCUCUAAGCUGAGAGUUGAGGUCAUUUAACCAAUAAACAGACUGUGACCUCUGCACCUGCAAACACCUUCGCUCUCCAUGCUGAGCCAAGAUGGGGAACGGAAAAGACGAAGAUUAUAAUUUUGUCUUCAAGGUGGUGCUGAUCGGCGAGUCAGGCGUGGGCAAGACCAAUCUGCUGUCCCGGUUCACCCGCAAUGAGUUCAGCCACGAUAGCCGCACCACCAUCGGGGUUGAGUUCUCCACCCGCACUGUAAUGCUGGGCACCGCUGCUGUCAAGGCACAGAUCUGGGACACAGCUGGCCUGGAGCGAUACAGAGCCAUCACCUCUGCGUACUACCGCGGAGCGGUAGGGGCCCUCCUGGUAUUCGACCUAACGAAGCACCAGACCUACGCCGUUGUGGAGCGCUGGCUCAAGGAGCUCUAUGACCACGCGGAAGCCACUAUUGUUGUCAUGCUCGUGGGGAACAAAAGUGACCUCAGCCAGGCGCGGGAGGUGCCCACUGAGGAGGCCUGCAUGUUCGCAGAAAACAAUGGUCUGCUGUUCCUGGAGACCUCAGCCCUGGACUCCACCAAUGUUGAGCUAGCCUUUGAGACUGUCCUCAAAGAGAUCUUUGCAAAGGUGUCCAAGCAGAGGCAGAACAGCACCCGGACCAAUGCCAUCACCCUGGGUAAUGCCCAAGCUGGACAAGAUUCUGGCCCUGGGGAGAAGAAGGCUUGCUGCAUUAACCUUUGACCUCAGCCAUGGUCAAGCCCGUGUCCCUGCCUUCUGCCUUCGGGUACCCCUCCACCCUGACUGCAAGACUUCUCCCCACCCUUGAGUCCUGUUCACAAGCACCCAGGGUCAUCAUGCCCUACCACGUCUCUAUCAUCUGUCCACACCCCUCACAGGCUAGGGCCCUCCAAUAAAGCUGUUUUGUAUCAUGCCUGGC